AUGUCAUUCCAUGGGGGUUCCGCUGCGAAUGACGUUGAUGAAAGUGGUGGAGUCGGCCGCAAAGGUCGCCGGCUAAGCAUAGGCUCUUUCGGCAGACUGGGUCUUCGGCGCAGUUCGUCCUUGCGACGUAUCCUAUCUGAGACCGAGCAUGAUUCCGAUUCCGAGACGAGCUUCGCCUCCUCGGCGGCAAACAAAUCAGCUUCCACUCCAGGAACCACUGAUGGUUCUGCACCUGCGGUCCCGCCUGCGUCGUCUGAUGCGCCGGCAGGCAGAGGGUUUAAGGACGAAGAUGGAGACGCGGCAGCGUUUUCGUCCGACGACGAAUCGACCAUGUUCAGCAAUGACGGUGACGAAAUGGAAGAUGAGGAACCCAUGUUCGAUGACUCAACGAUCCGCAAUACUAUGGUCAAUGCACAGAUGCUGCCCGGUAGUCAGAAUCAUGCGGAAAUAACCAACUAUGAGGAUGAAGACCUACUUGAUCCAUCUGCGGAUGAGUUCCAAACAGCGCCGAACAUUGUGUUUGCACGAAAUGAAAAAGAACUGCUCGUGCAAAAGACUUUGCUCACCAAAAACAGCCUUCCAGUGACGCAGCCAGGGCGUCCGACUCUCGUGACACACGGACCCACACUUGAGCGCAACCGAUGCACUGUCAUCAUGACUUACGGCGAUUAUGAAACGCAUUCGAAGCAGUCGAGACGUAAAAAACGGUACAUUGUGGCUAGCGAUAGCAGUGAAGGAUCGCAGUAUGCCAUUAAUUGGGCCAUGGGUACUGUUCUGCGCGAUGGUGACGAAAUAUUGAUUGUGGCUGUUAUUGAUGCCGAUGCCAAAGCCGAAAUGUAUAUGGACAAAUAUGAAAGAUAUGCGGGCAUGACGCCCAGUGAUCGAGCACUUCAAGAAAUGACAAUCUUUCUGUGUCAUCAGGCCUUUGUGCUGCUCCAGCGCACACGGCUGAAUGUCAAGAUCGGUUGCCAGUCGGUACAUUCAAUCAAUGCACGACAUAUGCUUCUAGACAUUAUCGACUUCUAUUCGCCAACUAUGGUCAUUGUGGGCAGUCGAGGUGUAGAUGGCAUUCGCGGCAUGCUCGGAAGUAUGAGCCACUAUCUUGUGCAGAAAUCCUCUAAGCCGGUUAUGGUUUGUCACAAUAAAUUGCAGCUGCCUCGAUUGCCGCGUGGUAAAGCUGACGUCGUCAAAAAUGUGCGGAUGCGCCACACUCGCCUUGAUCAGGCUGUGGUUGAGAAAUACACAAGUAAGCGGGAGAAUCCAGAAGAUGAUGAAGAGGAUAAGGGUGAGUCACCAGCAGAACGCAUGCAAAGAGAGCAGCUAGAAUCGGAGCGCAUGAACCGUCUGAACCGUGAGAGCUAUCAACGCCGAGAAAACGCUGGGUCCGGAGUCGGACCAGGCCUGGGCCAAAAUCCAUCGCAAUUCUCCAGCACAAGUCCCGUACCUGAAGAGGUCGCGCUGACGGACGAAUUCGACAAUAAACUGGCACUUGCCCCAGACAUGGAGAAAUACAGCCCGCACGUAUGA